CUUCCCCGAUUUCUCUCGUCUCUUAACGUCUCCCAGGGGCCAAACGAACCUUUCUCCGCUUUCUUCGUUGCUCAUUGACGGACUUCCCAACGAACCUCUCUCUCUCUCUCUCUCGUCUCUCCUUCGGUCCUUCCGACGUCCCUUCCCGAAGACAGUCUUCAGUUUUCUUACCGCCCAAAUGGCUCUAACGUUCCAUCCGCUUUCCUCGACCAAACCCAACAACCUCUUCCAAAAGCGCUUCCUUUCCUCCAAAAUUCCAUCUCUCUCCUCCCCUUCCACUUCCAUUUCACCUCCCUCUUCUCGCAAGUCUCGGCCCCUAUCCGUCCGAAGCUCUGUCGCCGUUGCUCCUUCUCCGGCGAAAGCCACCAAAGAAUCCAUCGUGAAAUCAAUCAAGGCGAGGCAAAUUAUAGAUAGCCGUGGGAAUCCGACGGUUGAGGUUGAUCUAGUAACUGAUGAGCUUUACCGAUCUGCCGUCCCCAGUGGAGCCUCAACUGGGAUCUACGAGGCAUUGGAGCUCAGAGAUGGGAACAAGAGCGUCUACGGUGGGAAAGGCGUUCUCAAGGCGGUUAAGAAUAUUAACGAGGUUUUGGCCCCCAAGCUGAUUGGCGUCGAUGUGAGGAAUCAAGCUGAUGUUGAUGCCAUCAUGCUAGAGUUUGAUGGAACACCUAAUAAAUCAAAAUUGGGAGCUAAUGCCAUUCUAGGGGUAUCAUUGAGCAUCUGCAGGGCUGGUGCAGGAGCAAAAGGAGUGCCUCUAUACAAGCACAUUCAGGAAUUAGCUGGAACCAAGGAACUUGUUAUGCCAGUUCCAGCUUUCAAUGUAAUUAAUGGGGGCAGCCAUGCUGGCAAUAAUCUGGCCAUGCAAGAAUUCAUGAUACUACCGGUAGGUGCUGCUUCAUUUGCUGAGGCUUUGCGUAUGGGCAGUGAAGUUUAUCAUAUUUUGAAGGGCAUUGUCAAGGCAAAAUAUGGGCAAGAUGCAUGCAAUGUUGGAGAUGAAGGAGGAUUUGCUCCCAAUGUACAAGAUAAUAGAGAGGGACUGGUUUUGCUCAUUGAUGCGAUUGAAAAAGCUGGUUACACAGGCAAGAUCAAAAUAGGGAUGGAUGUUGCAGCUUCGGAGUUCUUCACCAAAGAUGGGAAAUACGAUCUGAACUUUAAAAAGCAGCCAAAUGAUGGAGCUCAUAUACACACAGCUCAGAGCCUCUGUGAACUGUACAAAGAGUUUGUCAGAGAAUUCCCCAUUGUGUCCAUAGAAGAUCCCUUUGACCAAGAUGAUUGGAGCUCAUGGGCUUCACUAGAGUCUUCGGUUAAUAUCCAACUUGUAGGAGAUGACUUGUUGGUCACGAAUCCAAAGAGAAUUGCUGAAGCUAUUCAGAAGAAGGCUUGCAAUGCUUUGUUACUGAAGGUUAAUCAAAUUGGGACAAUCACAGAAUCCAUUCAAGCAGCUCUUGACUCAAAAGCUGCAGGCUGGGGUGUGAUGGUCAGUCAUAGGAGUGGUGAGACGGAGGAUAACUUCAUAGCAGAUCUCUCUGUUGGCUUGGCGAGUGGACAGAUCAAAACAGGAGCUCCUUGCCGAAGCGAGCGGUUAGCCAAAUACAAUCAGCUACUGCGUAUUGAAGAGGAACUUGGAAAUGUGCGUUAUGCUGGAGAGUCUUUUAGAUCUCCUUAGGAAAUAUUUUUGUUGGAAAUUAAGUCCUGGAUCAAAUUCAUCCAAUGUUAGAAAAUAAGAGCAGAUCUGCCAUGAAUGGAGGAUGGCAGAUCAUGUAGAUUAAGGUUCAGCAAGAACUAGAGAUGUUUCUUGGUAGGACCAUUUGGUUUAGAUGGUAUUUCUAAUGGAUAUCGGUAUUUGGAGGGUUAGAAAGUGAGUUUUGCUUGCUGAAACAAUUUAUUAUGUCACUGAAUAUAAAAAAUUUUGGUUUGUUUCAAUGUUUUUGGACUCUGUAUCAAGUUGAAAUUGAUUCUUCACCAUUUCUUUCUGGUCCCAUUUAUGUUUCAA